AUGGCCCUGACGACGGACUACUCCAAACUGGGAGAGGUGGUUUAUCAAGUACAGGAAUCGCCAUCGCUUUAUAGUCAAGAGAAAUAUUUUACACAAAAACAAAAUGACGAAUUUUAUGAUAUAAAGAAGUUUAUGUGCCUAGGAGGUACAAUCAAUGAUAAUGCAGUAUAUGACCUGGAUAAAAUAUUGAAAGAAGGAAACAGAAAAUGUUAUAAAACCUUAACAGAGUCAUAUCAAAUAUUAGGUUAUAAAUAUAGUACAACAAAUAAUAAUGACAAUGUAAAGUUUACCAAACUGUUUUACGACAACUACUCCAAUUUGUUUUAUUGUAUGCACCUAUAUAAUGAUGAUAAAAAAUGCAAUUCUUUGUUUAAGCACUUUUACAACACAAUUAAUUAUGACAAAAUUUAUAAGAAGUAG